CCGGCGGGACGCGGCGCGGCGCUGGGGCGCAGCAGGUACGAUGGCCCGGAGCAGGGCGCUGCUGCUCCUCUUGCUGCUGCCGCCGCAGCUGCAGCUGGGGCCGGCGGGCGCCACGAGGUCGCCUGGGUUCGGCCGAGGUGGCACCCGCGGCCUGAGCCCCGACGAGAAUGAAUUUGUGGAAGAGGGGCCGGUGUUGGUGCUGAGCCCCGAGGAGCCAGGGCCUGGCCCGGUCACCAUCAACUGCCCCCGAGACUGUGCCUGCUCCCAGGAAGGCGUUGUGGACUGCGGUGGCAUCGACCUGCGGGAGUUCCCCGGGGACCUGCCUGAGCACACCAACCACCUGUCCCUGCAGAACAACCAGCUGGAGAAGAUCUACCCCCGGGAGCUCUCCAGGUUGCAUCGGCUGGAAACUCUGAACCUCCAGAACAACCGCCUGACUUCCCGAGGGCUGCCGGAGGAGGCAUUUGAGCAUCUGACCAACCUCAAUUACCUGUACUUGGCCAAUAACAAGCUGACCUUGGCACCCCGAUUUCUGCCAAACACCCUGAUCAGUGUGGACUUUGCUGCCAAUUAUCUCACCAAGAUCUACGGGCUCACCUUCGGCCAGAAGCCAAACUUGAGGUCUGUGUACCUUCACAACAACAAGCUGGCGGAUGCCGGGCUGCCGGACAACAUGUUCAAUGGCUCCAGCAACGUCGAGAUCCUCAUUCUGUCCAGCAACUUCCUGCGCCAUGUGCCCAAGCACCUGCCGCCUGCCCUCUAUAAGCUGCACCUCAAGAACAACAAGCUGGAGAAGAUCCCACCAGGUGCCUUCAGUGAGCUGAGCAACCUGCGUGAGCUUUACCUGCAGAACAACUACCUGACUGACGAGGGCCUGGACAACGAAACCUUCUGGAAGCUCUCCAGCCUGGAGUACCUGGAUCUGUCCAGCAACAACCUGUCGCGGGUCCCGGCAGGGCUGCCGCGCAGCCUGGUGCUGCUGCACCUGGAGAAGAACGCCAUCCGGAGCGUGGACGCGGACGUGCUCACGCCCAUCCGCAGCCUCGAGUACCUGCUGCUGCACAGCAACCAGCUGCACGCGCGUGGCAUCCACCCUCGGGCCUUCCAGGGCUUGAAGCGGCUGCACACGGUGCACCUGUACAACAACGCACUGGAGCGCGUGCCCAGCGGCCUGCCCCGCCGCGUGCGCACGCUCAUGAUCCUGCACAACCAGAUCACCGGCAUCGGCCGCGACGACUUCGCCACCACCUACUUCCUGGAGGAGCUCAACCUCAGCUACAACCGCAUCACCAGCCCGCAGGUGCACCGCGAUGCCUUCCGCAAGCUGCGCCUGCUGCGCUCGCUGGACCUGUCCGGGAACCGGCUGCACACCUUGCCCCCUGGGCUGCCGCGCAACGUGCAUGUGCUGAAGGUCAAGCGCAACGAGCUGGCCGCCCUGGCGCGCGGGGCGCUGGCCGGCAUGGCCCAGCUGCGUGAGCUCUACCUCACCGGGAACCGGCUGCGCAGCAGGGCCCUGGGCCCCCGGGCCUGGGCCGACCUCGCCCAUCUGCAGCUGCUGGACAUCGCUGGGAACCAGCUCACAGAGAUCCCUGGGGGGCUCCCCGAGUCACUCGAGUACCUGUACCUGCAGAGCAACAAGAUUAGUGCCGUGCCCGCCGACGCCUUUGACUCCGCGCCCAACCUCAAAGGGAUCUUUCUCAGGUUUAACAAGCUGGCUGUGGGCUCCGUGGUGGAAAGUGCCUUCCGGAGGCUGAAGAACCUGCAGGUCUUGGACAUAGAAGGCAACUUUGAGUUUGGUGACGUUUCCAAGGACCGGGGCCGGUUAGAGGCGGAAGAGGAUGAGGAAGAUGAGGAGGACAACGAUGAAGAGGAUGAGGAAAGGCGAUAGUGACAGGGUGAACCGGAUGUGACAUAGGAUAACGGACCGCCGGACCCCUUUCUGCAGCACGUACCUGUGCCUGGUGAGCCCUGGUCUGCCAUGCUCACAGACGCACCCAGGGCCGCCCCCACCAGCCCCCGCUGCCCGCCGCCACCACACAGGCUGAGCACAGUCGCCCUGCCCCGUCUGUUCCCACAGCGUCCCUCAGCCACACAUGGGCAGACACCACGGCGCGCCCACACACUGCCGUCUGCACGGCACCCACAGAGCAGUUCCACUCCCCACCCAGGCCCUCCAGCGCCGUCAUGCCCCCGGAUUCAUGCAGACUCAGGGAAGGGUCUGACCCUGCCCUGGCACCCACGGGUGCCUGCUCCCUUCACCACGGACCCAUGUGUACUCUCUCUCUCUCUCUCACUCACACACACACACACACACACACACACACACACACACACACGAGUCACAUGCAAACGGCCCUCUGUGGCCUCUGCCACUGACACAUCUUGCCCCAGCCAGAACUGGCCAAAACAGCUUGCCAUCUGCUCAGCCGUCUGUCCGUCCAUCCCCUGGAGAAGACAGAGUUAUCUUGGUGCUCUCUGUGGCCAGGGGCCCGCCACCCUCGAACUCCCAGAAGCUGACCGUUGUUCCUCUUCCUCUCAUUGGGACUGCUGCCCUGGCCUGCCUGCCCUGACCCCCCCUGCUGGGGGUCACUCCCUGCAUGCCCUGGCCGGCCACAGGCGCAUCUUUGAUGGAAAUCCCAUUGAGGCCCAAAGGGAAGCUUCCUGAGGCAGCUGGGGCCUGGGGCAGGAGUGCGGUGGAGGGGCAGGGCCCCAGCAAAGAGGGAGGAAGGGCCCAGCUGCCCUGGUGACAUACCUUUUUUAUUCUUUGGGCCUGGGGGGGGUUCUGGGUGUCUUUGGACUUGGAAUUCUUUUUAAGAAAAAAAUGAUAAACCCUCAAAGCUGAUUUUUCUUGUUACAGAAAAACUAAUAUAAAAGCAUUACCCUUUUCUGGCA